AUGAUCGGAGGAUGCCCCGGAACUUGGGGGGAAUGGAUCAACAUGGACAAACCGUCAUCUGGUGCGGGAGAUCUAGAGACCAUAACAAGGCAUAUGAGACAAAAACAGGGAUGCAAAGAACCCAUGGGAAUUGACAUGCGAGUCGCCAGUAAUGAUGAACCAUACUACACAGCAGGAAACCCUGUUCGCGUAGGCUGGAGAUUUGGUUUGAGUUGUCUCAAUGGUUUUCAACCUGCUGGGUCUAAAUGUGCUGAUUUCAAAGUUCGUUAUUGUUGCCCUGGAGUUGCUCCGCCAGAAGCCACUACUUGUCCUGGUUUAAAACUGCCUGCACGGGGAAGUAUGACCCCCGCAAGGGCCAGAAGGCCGAUGAAAAUAGGAGCAACAGUCAGGUUUAGAUGCAGAGGGGGAUACAUUAUGGAAGGCUUUACAUCAACAUCUUGUUUAACGGGCGGAAAGUGGUCAACCGAAGUCCCGACUUGCACUAAAAUCGAGAAACAAUCAUGUAUAUUGGGACGCGUACCGGUCAAUGGAGAGAGAAGGCCAAAAUUCAGGUCGAAUUUUAAUUUGGGUGACAAAGUCACAUUUUCUUGUCGAAGAAAUUAUAAGCUAUCGGGCAAUAAUGAGCUCAUUUGUUCACCGGGAGGAACAUGGAACUUGCCUGUUCCAACUUGCGAGAAGGAAGAAGCCAAACCACAGGGACCUAAAGGAUUGACAUAUUGUCGCGGAAUAGGUGAUCCACAUUACACAACAUUCGAUAAAAAGAAGUUCGACUUCCAAGGAGAUUGUUCGUACAUUUUCACAAAAUAUUCUGGAUCUGAACACGAGAAUUUCCAAGUCGAGGUUAUUAACAUUCAUCGAGGCCGCAAACUUGAUGUUUCUUGGCUGGGAAGAGCCAUUAUAACUGUGUUUGGUCAGAAAAUCAACUUCAAUCCUGGACGCGAAAUUCGAGUCAAUGUUAGUUUUGAUGGGCGCCACUCCCUUGCUGUCGCUGUUCCACCAGAAUAUUUUGGCGGAAAAUUGGAAGGCUUGUGUGGAAACUUUGACGGAGAUGAGAACAACGAUAUCGUCGUCGACGGUGUCGAAAACCCAAACGCUCACGGAAAUAGACACAUCACAGACACUAAAACCGAUUGCAUCAGAGAAGAUCUUAAAGACAGUGAAUGCUCCAAAACUGGGGCGUCAGCAAGAUUCAGAGCAAGAUGCGCUGUUAUUACUGAGGUUGGAGGCGUAUUCUCCGCUUGUCACGCGGUAAUAACCGCGCAAACCUUCUUCGAGGAUUGUAUAUUCGAUGUCUGCGUGUACGGUGGAGCUGACGUAGCGCUUGAGAAUGCCGUUGCUGCCUACGCUGAAGCUUGUAAUGACGCGGGAGUAAGAAUCGGAAAAUGGAGAGAAGUAACAAAAACACCGCUACCAUGUCCUGCCAAUGCUCGUUACGAGUUGUGUGCAACAAAAUGUCCCGCUACCUGUUCAGAUCGGUCACCUAAAUGUGCUUCUGGAUGCGUUGAAGGUUGCGUGUGUAAUAACGGAUUCGUUCUAUCUGGUAACCAAUGCGUAAGGCGAUCAAAAUGUGGCUGCACAUUCGAAGGAAAAUACUACUUGAACGGACAAACAAUUUUGACAAACGGAUGUACUCGUCGAUGCACAUGCAGAGCUCAAGGAAUGGUUUGCAUGGAUGUUAAAUGCAAAGCUAGACAGACGUGUGGCAAAAACGAAAAAGGCCGAGAAGCGUGUCAGGCAACUGAAACUGCAAGAUGUCGAAUUAUGGGAGGUUCUCAAUACAAUCUUUUCGAUAAAGUUGGGAUCCAGAGGUUUAAUGGAAAAUGUAGCUACAGGUUGGCAGAAUCUUGUGGUCUUGCUGAAGAUGACGAAAGUUGGUUCUCAGUCUAUAUCAAGAAUGAGGAACGACGAAAUCGAAAGAACAAAGCCUACGUUAACAGUGUAACUGUUAAACUCGGACAAAACAUCGAAAUUACGUUGAUGAAAGGUGGUAUGGCCAUGGUAAAUAAUCGUCGGGUGAGAGCAGUUCAGAAUGAUAUGUUUAGCAUAAGACGAAGAGGCAGAGGAGCAAUAGUUCUCAAUACCAUGCAUUCUUUGAGAGUUCGACUAAACAACAACGGUGUUCUUGUCAGAGUUCCAAGUACAUAUAUGGGACAGAUGUGCGGGCUGUGUGGAAAUUAUAACAAAGACCCAACAGAUGACAUGCAGAUGUCUGAUGGUAGCAUGGCUGAGGACUUUAAUGAAUUUGGUCUCAGUCACGAAGUGGAGAGCUGUGGUGAACCGAUUCCAGAUCCCGUUACUUGCACAGACGACAUGAGAGCUAAAUGGAGUACCAAAACCACUUGUGGUGCUAUAAUGGACAGAGAUGGAGUAUUCAAGGCUUGCAUCUCAGAAGACUCAGUGAAUUAUAUGGAAGCUUGUAUCUACGAUGCUUGUUCGACUAAUGGCGAUCAGUCUUCAUUCAUUUCUGCCUUUGAACAAUACGCUGCUGACUGCAGAGCCGGAGGAGUUCGACUUUGUGACUGGAAAAAGCAAUUUGGAUAUGACAGAGUGCAAUGCCCUGAGCACAGCACUUACAAUCCCUGUGCUACUGUUUGCCAAGACACUUGCUUGAAUCCAACUGCGUCACUCACGUGUGAUUCAGCAGAAACUGUUGAAGACUGUGAAUGCGAUUUUGGUUACAUUCGUGAUGGUGAUCAAUGUGUGAGGAGUCAACAAUGUGGCUGCACUGUCGGAGGGUCAUAUGUUUCCAUGGGUGGUAUGGUACAAGGAAAUGACGACAAUGCUGUGUGUGAAUGUAGAGGACAAAAUAAUAUAUUCUGCUCUUGCAAUUCUGGAUAUAGGUUGAAGGAUGAUGUUUGUACAGCUAUUGAUCUAAAUACUUGUCGCCAAAAUCUUGGAAGAAGUUGUUCAAGAAGAGCUCGUUGUUCUGUUGAUGAAGCAGGACAAUAUUCUUGUCAGUGCAAAGCUGGUUUUAUUGGAAAUGGUUUCAGAUGUCGAAAUGCAUGUCGACAGCGCUAUGGAAGAUGGUGUAACAAAAAUGCAGUGUGUGUGCGAGGUGGAGAUGGCGCAUACAUGUGCAGAUGCAAGAAUAACUUCUUUGGCAAUGGAUUAUAUUGUGCAUCGGGACGCGCUAGAUCACGCUGUCAUCGUCGCUUCGGAAGAACGUGUAACGAGAAUGCCAGUUGCCAGAGAGAUUCAAGACGUGGAUUUGUCUGCAGAUGCAACAGAGGAUACUUUGGAAACGGAUUUAAUUGUCAAGGUGGAACACCAAAAGACAGAUGCCAUGAACUUUAUGGUCAAGUAUGUGGAGCAAAUGCGCGCUGCAACAAUGUUGAUGGCGAGUACAAAUGCCAGUGUGUUGGUGAAUACUUUGGUGAUGGAUUUGAAUGUGAAAAAGAUGAUGAUGAAGAUGAAAAAGAAGAAGAAUUUGAUCCAGAAGGAUGCAGGAAACGAUAUGGCCGAAGAUGCUCUAGACGUGGAAGAUGUGUGAGAGAAGGUGGUGAAUACAUGUGCAAGUGUAACGAUAAUUAUGUUGGGAACGGCCUCAGAUGUCGAAAUCCAUGUCGUGCCCGGUAUGGACGAAGGUGCAAUGCAAAUGCCAGAUGUGUAAGACGAGAUGAUGGUCAAUUUGAAUGCAGAUGCAAUGAUGGUUAUUGGGGUUCUGGUCUUUAUUGCGGAUCUGGUGAAUCAAGAACUAGAUGUCAUCGUCGUUUUGGAAGACGAUGUAGUGAUAAUGCAGAAUGUCAAAAUGGUGAUGACGGUCAACCCAAGUGUGCAUGCAAAUAUGGAUUUUUUGGAAAUGGCUUCUACUGUUCUAGCGGAGAACCAAAAGACCAGUGCCAUCGACGAUGGGGCCGCAUGUGUGGGCCAAACUCUAGGUGUAACAAUGUAAAUGGAGAAUAUCAAUGCCAAUGUAAUGACAAUUAUUUUGGUGAUGGUUUCGAUUGCGACCCUGAUGAUGAAGAAGAUGAGACACCAACAGACGAAUGUGAGAAGAGACAUAAUCGUAAAUGCGACGUGAAUGCUGCGUGUACUGAUUUGGGUGCUUCUAAAUGGGUAUGUCGCUGCAAUGCUGGAUACUCCGGAACCGGCUUGGAAUGCAAGAAAGAUCAAGACAUGAUGUCUGUGCACUGGGAAAGAUGUACAGAAAUCUAUACAGACCAUGCUCUGAUAAUGCUGACUGCAUGAUGAUGGGUGAUGGAAGAUAUAUGUGCAAAUGUACCUGGAUUCUGGGGAAAUGGAUUCUACUGUUCAAGAGGAAAGUACAACAACAGAUGUCAUCAAAACUAUGGUAAAGACUGUAGUGGUAACGCUAAAUGUACCCAGGUUGAUGGCAAUACAAAUGUCAAUGUAACAGCGGAUUCUUUGGAGAUGGAAGAUUAUGUGUCCAAGGAAAAUGGGUCAAUGAAUGCCAACAGGCGUUAUGGACGAAGGUUGUAAUAAAAACGCAAAUUGUGUGACAAGAGAUGGACAAGCAGUAUGUCAGUGCAAUAGAGGUUUUGUUGGCAAUGGACAAUAGUGCAGAGGU